CUUCGCUUUACCUGUCGAGCGCUCAGGUCUGUCUGGUUGCCAGUCUUUUCCGUGUGCCUAUCUGAGUCCCUCUGAUUGGCCCCGGAGGGAAGCGAGCUCUCUCAGCCCACCCACCGCUGAUAAUAGUGACUCUCGCAGUCUCCGCUUCCUUCCUCGCGUCGAGUCUGGAUUCUGGCCCCGGGGCUGAACGGCACACACCGAGCGCACAUCAUGGCAGCUACUCACAGCGAGUACAGAGGCUACCUGCGAAACACCGUCGACAUCGAGGCAGGGCAGCACCGCUUCCACCAGGUGCAGAGCUCGGAGCCCACUUAUCGGCCGCUCCUAUUCGGGACCCUCGCUGUUAUGGGAUUGCUUCAGGUGGCUUCCAGCGUGGCCAUCUUAUUACACCUGACAGGUUAUCUGCAAGAGGUAGAUUUGUCCACAGCCCCACAUCGGCCCAUAGAGGAAGUACAGACGGAGCCAGUGCUGAACGCACUGAGAGACACAAGAAAAGGCAGACGGUGCAAAACUCCAAAAGAGAGCCUGCCGUCAGCUCAUCUACCAAUCAGAGCGCACCAAGAGUACUCUAAGAAGGGUGAGCCAAAGGCCAUCACCAUUGACUGGGACGAGGUGCAUGGAUACCGCCACAGAAUGGGCUACCAGAAGGGGAAACUGCUAGUGAUGGAGUCAGGUUUCUACUAUGUUUACGCCAAGACGUGCUUCCGCUACUACAAGCUCGUACCAGAGGACGGCAGUCAGGCUGGGAUCCCGCCGGUAGACGUUAGCAACACCCAGCUCAUCCAGUACGUCUACCACGAGAGCAUCAAACAGAACAGCAAGGCCGUAGUGCUCAUGAAGACGGGCAGCACCAUGCGCUGGAACAACACGAGCUAUAACAUGUACUGCGCCCAGCAGGGCAGAGGAGUUCGGCUGGAGGAGGGAGACGCCCUGUUUGUCAAUGUGUCCAAUGCGUGGAUGCUGGACCCGGAGGGAGAAGGGACGUAUUUUGGGGUCAUAAAGUUGGGUAACUGAAAUUUAAACACGUGGGGAGCGGACAUGCUACUGAACAUUUGAUAUGCCAAAGAACCACUGUUAGUGAUUUAUAAUGUUGAUUUGUCAAACGUGUGUUUUAUUUUUUUUUAUUGAGUGUGUUGUUUUUUUACACUUGCUCUACGCCAAAUAGCCUUGGAGUCCUUCACGAGAGAAACUAAUGAAAAGGUUUUCUACUUUUAAAAACUUGUCUUGCCACUUAGCCCUCAGCUUCAUCCAAAAUAGCACUGGACUUUUUGUUUUUAUAAGAUUUUUUUUUUAAGUAUUGCGGUUUGUAUUGGGAAAUUUCAGUUCAAUUACAACAUUUAGACUUAAGCAUAGACAUGUGUUUAUGCACUAAUUAAACAAACCACAAGGGAGCAACUAAGGAAGUGAGUUUGCUGGAGAGAAGUGCAGUCAGAAAGGUUUGUUGAUUGUUGGAAAAAACGUAAAUAGUUGAUGGUAGAGCAUCUGCAAGUAGUCUGCAGAUUAUCACAGAAUAAAAACAACAGAACUUCCUGUUCUGUCUCUGACCUGCAGCAGUGAAUGCACAAGGGUUUUCCUCAUUCCUGUUUUAUAAGUGUGAGCAAAGCAAGCAAUGAGGCGUCCUCACAGUAAGUCGGUCUACGGUAUUCGGAAUGGGCAGUGAGAUGCUUUUUAUCACCCUCAGCAUCUCUAAGACACCAUUGAAAUUUGAUACCAUGAAAAAUUCACUUUGACUCUGACAUUUUCUAGCAACAAAACCAGUUGAAAAAGAAGGUCAUGUGUGUGCUCUGUUAUCCAGUUUCUGUCUGAAUGAAAUGUGAUGAGUUGCCUGCUUCACUGAGGGCAAUUACAGGACAAUGUCAUUUUAAACAAUGUCAUAUUAAGGAGGUAAUGACAUUUGUUUUUUUUUAUAUUAAUGUCAAUCAACAAGCAAUGCAGAUAGCUGGACUGUCUGACCAUAAAUGGCGGGACUCUUGUCUUCUUUAACUAGAGGAACCAAAUUGAGUUUGGUUCAUCCUUAACUUAAAGUUUGUUUUUCAUUUGGCUCUUCAGUGAGGUAAAUGGGAAUAUGCACUAAAUAUUUAUUUAUUAGCUAUAGAAGUACAGAGACAGGUCAUUGUUAAAGUGACCUUUCGGCUGUAAAAAAACAUUUAUAUUUUAUGUCUGUAUGACAUUCAUUAUACAGCACUUAGAGGAAAUAGUAGACACGCUUUUUGUUAUUAAAACACAGGGGCUUCAUUUUAAAUUCCAUAUUUAUGUAUCUCGAUUUUGACAAUUCUGUGUGCACUUGCUUAGCCAAAAGCAAUAUGGAUAUAUUGUUUCUUCUACAAGAUUGUAGCAUACCUGUAAGAUCUUCAUCUGAUUUGAUUUUUCCAUUCAGUGUUUUUUAUUUAUGUUUGUGUAUGUUUUAAUAAAAAAAAAAAA